AUGCAGCAACGCAUCCGUCCAAGGGGGGUCUUGCGGGAUGAUGUUGUGAUGAGCAUCUACGCUGACCGAGUGUCAGAAAGGAGGAAAAAGACGGCAAAAAGCAUGGCGCUGGCACGAAAAUAUGGCGUCACUGCAAAGGCGAUCAGAGACAUCUGGAAUCGCCGCACAUGGUGGCACGUCACGCAGCCUCUGUGGACUCAAGCUGAGAGGCUGGAGUAUGAGCGGACGGGACCCAAGAGGCAGAAGGCAGGAGCAUCCAAGCCUGCCGCCUCCAAUGCAGAAGGGAUGCGAAGCGAUCAGUCGGUGGGCUUGGGAGUGAGGAGCUUGGAAACGCUCUCCUUCGCUGACAGAAUCCUGCAUGGCAACAAUCAGAUGGUGUCAGGGCAGGAGGGUCAGGGUGAAGAAAACAGCUCCGAGGAAGAGAUUUCCUCCAACUCUGAUGGAUCUUCCUUUGGCUGUGACUCGGAUAAAGAAAUUUGCCGAGAGGCCAGCCUGAUGAGGACCGGUUUCACAGGACGUGCUACGCAAAGAAUCUUCAUGGAAAAUGAUCUGAUCCUCGAAGCCUACGAACAUUUCGUGCAGCGCAUGUCCUCUGGCACACAGCAUGCCUCCUUCCAGACUGUGAAGUCUUGA